CAGACGAGUCUAUAAAUUGAACCUCUCAAACGUCAAAAUCAAACUAUAUUGAUCGUUUAGUGAUCAAAUUACUGCCGGGUUGAAUGAUAACAAAACAGAAAUGGUAAAGCGGAUAAAACUGAGAAAGGAUUUUCCAUGUCCUGCGUGCGCUAAUCAGAGGAUAAGCUCGGACUGGACGUGCACAGACGGUGAACCGCUGUAUCUGAACGAAUUAGGUGUUGUGGAAUGUCAGAGCGGGAAACACUCAGGUAAAGUUAUUAACCAGACAUGGAAAUGCGAAAGCAGUUACCACAACGGUCAAUAUCAGAAGGCCGACUUAGAAGGUUUUACAUUUGCGCUCUCUCAAGCAGUGCAGUUAAUGAGCGAAGCUGGUCCAGAAUGGGUUGCUAAUCUCGUCACGGAGGUUGGAAAUCAAUAUGGAAAAUGAGACUGAAACAAAGUUGGUAAAGGGUCAACUAAGAAACAUUUUUAUAAAAUAAUUUUAAAAACGUCGUUGGAGAAGUUUUCUUUUUUAUCUGAAAUACAAUGGAAUAGAAUUAAAUAAAUGAAGUUGAAAGAGGACCAUCCGAUAAAUAUUCACAUUGAAUGAGGUUAAAAUUGACAUAAAGACUUACAAGAAAAUAUUAAUUUAAUGCUGCUGACGGCAACGGACAACGCUAGGCGACCAGAAAACCACGACGAUCAGCAGCUGUACAUGCUGUAAAGCACUUGAACGUUUUUUGUCUUCGAUAAAAAUGUAGAUUAUGUAUUAUUUAAAGUUACUGCAACAAAAUUAAUUUGUAUUUUCAGCCAAAGACCUUUCGUGUGCGCGUCAUUUUAACUGUUUUGUGUGCGCUUUUGCAGUAGAUGUAGUUAAUUGAACAAAUACAUCGUCGAGUCAUUUUUGGAAUAUGAUUUAGAUUACUCACACGGCGGGACGUGUUUGAAUGUCGGACAAAUGUUGUUUCCAUGAAAGCAUAAGAAACUUAUCAAAGAUGUGAUGGAAAUACAUGAAAUAUACUGAAAAUAGAACAUUCAAUUUGUAUAAAAGAUUUUUUCGUACAAAAAGUUCUUGAUAAGGAACAAUUUGACUGUACUCACAUAUGUUCAGAAUAGCUUAGAAAUGCCUGAAUAUGAAGAACUAUAGUUGUAUAUAAAGAAUAUUAGGUUCCUGUCUGAUAAAUUUAGAUUUUUUUGGCGAAUAGAAGAUAGAAGUCGAGGCUCCAUUUCUCGUCGACAAAUCUAAUUAAUUUAAAGUUAUGAAGACAGUAACCGAAUGUUCUAUUCACAAAAUACUAACCAAAUAGGUAAGUAUCCGUCUUAAACAAUAAAAGUAUAUCGCCAGAACCCAAUUUUUUAGUCAAAAUGAAAUUAUGGCGGUUUGCAAUUUUGAAGUAUUCGAAAGCGACCCAACCAAUCUGUCUGAAUUGUGACUCCUAUGGUGGGGAAACGGACACCAGGUAUAGUCCAGAAAGUGAUAAGUAAACAAACAGAUGUCCCGUCAUUUUUCUUUACCAGAUGUAAGAUCUUGCUGUGUUAACACCCAUAAAUGACAACACUGUUUUAACGUACAGUUGGACUAUGGUGUAUUGUGUGUAAUGCCUACGAGUUAGCAGAGCAAGAAAAACAUUACUUCUAGUCUGAGAUGAUCACCUCGAAACUAACAGAAUUUCGACAAAUAUUUUUAUUGAUAGGAGAUAUUUUGAAUAAAUAAAACUUCUGAAUCGUACGGUUUCACAAUCAGUAGUCUAACUAUUUUUGUUGAAAAAGCUGGCCAUGUAACUUAUGUAACUUUAAAACUGUUAAAGAUAUACCCUUUCAAAUGUUUUGCCCAUCUGUACCGGGGAUAGCCGUAUUGUGUACUGAGGACAGUUUCCAAGUUGAAAAAUGUGUUCUGAGAAUAGCAUGUGAGAAUAGGACUAAAGUCCAGUGUUCUGAUUGAUAGUUACACUGUUUAUGUACGAUGUAUGUCUAUUUCGAGCCUUUUCAUCACUCUAGUAUUUUGAAAUAUUUCUCAUACGUACGUCUCUCACUGGUACCCGUUAAGGUGUACAAGUUAAGUUUGUAACCCCAUUGUUUUCGUUUGGGUUGUAGCAAAACGUAUUACAUUUAACAAUAGUUCAAACAAAUGAUUUUAUUGCAGAUAAAGUACGUACUGUUUUGGAAAACUAUCUGAUUGAAAUCUUCUCCCUAGUAAAUAACCGUUUAUUCUGAAUUUGCCUGCUGCGGUGUUUUCUGCGUCUGUAGGUUUGCUCGUAUUCCAAUGGCUGAUACAUUGUUCUUUCUUUAAGCAUAGUUUUCCGGUAGUUCAUGGGUAUUUUGUGGACAGUGGAAACUAAACAACUCUAAACCACUUACCAGAGGCGGAUAGGACAAAGGCAACAACUUUUUAUGUCAGCUUCGUUACCAGUUAUUUGAUUAUUGUUCAAUUUUCUAUCAUAUUACUUUAUUUUCAAAAUGUCAUGCAAAACCGAUGUUAUUUAUAAAGAAAUACCAUACAUAAUAAACACAACAACUUCUAAGGGUCAGACGUUUAGUGUUUGUCGAUAAAUCAGAUUUAAACUUGAAGGACCGCAUUUCCCUCGACAAACUAACAUUUCUUCAUGAUAUAUUUGCAUCAGGACGCAUAGAAAGACGGAUGUGCUUAAUCGCCAAGAAUAGCUUUUUUUAGUCAUCAAGUAUAAGAAGAGAGCGCCAGCCUAUAUUUUAAUGUGCCAAAUAUUUGCGAGUCGAAAACUUGCUACGAAUUGUACAUCUAUUGACAUAUUUAUUGCCACCUUGCUUACACAUCUUGUAUAUUUUCACUGUGAUUUCUUCUGUGAUUAUGUUAUAUUGAUGCAUGUACAUGGGCCAGAAUUUGCUUAAUACAUGAUAAAGUUCUAAUAUAUGUAAAACAAACGCAUUUUCAUUUUUAUUCAUUCCUGUUUAAAGAUUUAGCCAGUUUACCCUUUUGGCCAGC